CGUUAUGCUGCAGUCCCCUGGACACAGAGCGGUGUUUCCUCUGGUCCAAGGGAGAAUACACGAAGGCGUCCAGAUACCGCUUCGAGUGUCGGUAUUCAAGUCGGAGUAGUAACUUUCAGCUUCUCAUAACUAAACUUGAUCCACUUUAUAACCUUGCACGUUCCUCGCGAUAAAAUAGAUACCGCUUCUUAGUAUGUUAGCAUUGAAGGAAGACGGCUAGAUAGUAAUCACCAGCUUGAAAUCUGAUGGCCAUGUGGGUGUUGUCCGUGGAUUGAUGACCCCAUGACCGCGACGGAAGGUCCUGACCGUGACGACAGAUGGCAUACAAAUAAUACGCCAAAUAUCCCUUAGCCUUUUCUUUUGUCAUCCUUGUCACCAGCCUCCGAAUGGCUUCCGAGUCAACGCCGCUUCUCGACGAGGUAUCUCGUCAUGAAGAAAUCUAUAAUCGAUUUUCCCCCGCGAGGAAAAGGACAAUCGUGGCUCUCGUAUCAUGGAGCGCUCUCGUUCCAAUGUUCGCGUCAGGAACGUUUAUACCCACCAUACCUCAAAUUGCUCACGAUUUGAACUCGACGGGUUCCACAAUUAGCUUGGCCGUCAGCUUGUCAAUGUUCGCCGCCUCACUGGGUGGUAUGACUUGUGCAACAUACAGCGGUUUCUACGGACGACGACUAAUAUACCUUGCCAGUGUUCCAUUUCUCACUCUCGGUUCCAUUGGCGUUGCUCUGUCGCGCAAUGUUCCGGAGAUGAUGGUCUGCCGGUUUAUCCAAGCAUUUGGGACCUCAGGUGGGAUGUCCGUAGGGGCAGCAGUCAUAGGUGACAUCUACAAGGUAACCGAACGGGGAUCAGCAAUGGGCACAUUCUUCGCGGCGACCCUACUCGGUUCCGCGCUUGCGCCUCUAGCAGGAGGAUGGGGAGCCCAUUAUGCGUCAUGGCGGUGGACACAGGCCGUCCUUGCCCUAGCCGGAUUUGUCGGGUUCGUUCUGAUAUUUCUCUUCCUUCCGGAAACAAGCCACCCAGGAUCGCGGGGUAUCGACAAGAUGCAUGAAGAUACAGAUGACAUGCCAAAACGCUGGAUGUGGGUCUGGCUGAAUCCCCUCGCACCCCUGGCUCUUCUACGUAGUCCCCUUUUGUUGCUAAUGACAUUUGUUGGCGCCGCAGUCUUGAUAUCAUCCAGUGCAUUGACCGUACCUAUCGCGUAUACCAUUGGCGCGAAAUAUAACAUCACCAACGAAUUUAUCAUCGGAGCCUGUAUUCUGCCAGGAGGACUAGGCAACAUCAUCGGCGCACCAUUGGCAGGCCGUCUCUCCGACCGCAUAGUUAUCGCCUCUCGCAAGAAAUACGGCACCGACUCCUGGCGUCCAGAAGAGCGACUGAAAGCAGCACUGAUCGGGACCCUCAUCCUCAUCCCGCUGCCCGUCCUCCUCUCGGGACUGAUCACACAACUUAUCGACAACAAGCUCGGCCUCGUCUUGAACCUGAUAUGCUUCUUCAUCAAUGGCGUCGGCGCGAACACAGCGCUGACCCCUCUUGCGGCCUAUUUGGUGGAUAUCAUGCAUGUCCGCAGUGCGGAGGUCAUGGCGUGUUCAACGUGCUCCCGGGCAAUGAUAGUUGCUGUAGCUGUCGCCUUCGUGUUGCCGUUGAUCAACCGUUGGGGUGUGGCCAUUGCCUACGGUAUCAUAUCAUUGAUCGGGUGGUUUGCUUUUGUUUUGUUGUGGGUAGCGAUAAGGUAUGGGAAGCAGAUGAGGGAGUGGGUGGAUGUGGGAUUUUCAACGGCGGUAGAUACCUAA